UGGGAAUCAACCUAUUCUUUUUAAAAUGCCUCCGUCCCCAUUUCAACAAUCAAAUCCAUCCAUUUCUCUCCUCUCUCUCUCUCUUCCCCUAGGCACACAAACAGCUCUGGCUCUGCAAUGAACGACAUUCAGUUUGAAUUACUUACUCCGACGACCCAUGUUUCCGCAGUUAUCCUUGAUUUGGAUGGGACCAUUUUAAACACAGAGCAAGCUACAAGGGAUGUUUUGAAGGAAUUUUUGGCAAGAUAUGGGAAGGUGGUUGAUAGGGAUAAGGAAAAUAAGAGAUUGGGGAUGAUUCAUAAAGAGUCAACAAUUGCUAUUGUUAAAGACUAUGAUCUUCCAAUCACACCUGAUCAAUACUCCCACUAUAUCAUGCCCAUGUAUCAGGAAAAGUGGCUGCAAGCCAAAGCACUUCCUGGUGCUAAUCGCGUUAUCAAGCAUCUCCAUAAGCAUGGAGUGCCCCUGGCACUUGCUUCAAAUUCUGUACGGAAGAACAUAGAUAUGAAAAUCUCUCUCCAACAAGGUUGGAAAGAAUACUUUUCAGUAAUCCUUGGGAGUGACCAGGUCAAAUCAGGGAAACCUGCCCCGGAUAUAUUUCUGGAAGCUGCAAAUAAAAUGGGUGUAGAUGCAGUUCAUUGCCUUGUGAUAGAAGACUCUUUGUAAGUUAGUUCUCAUUCUAGUUAAAUAAUAAAUAUAUAUUCUGUAUGUAAUCUUCAGCUUUAUUGUCAUAGUUUUGAAGUUUUCUGCAUAUUAGAUGAAUGAACCUCUUAGUAUAUGCUCCAUCCAAUAAGUUUAAUCCAUUCAAUCCAUAACUAUGGAAUCCCUUUUGUAAGCCUAUAAUUACACCCUCGACAAUUAGUUUUUUAGUUGACAUUGUCCUAGUAUAUCUUGUGACCUCUUAGGAAUCCAGAUGGACAACGGUUAUAUAAAUUAUGUCAUCAUGCAUUAGAAAAAAAUAUGGCAAGUUGAAAAAAUAUUUCACACAUGAAAUAACUUCUGUGAAUUAUUGGUUUAUAUUUUGUUUUACGCUCGUAUCAGCUGAUUGGUGUUUGUCACUCGCAACUUGGCAUUGAUAUUUCCAUAACAGAACAGUUAAAUUUUGAAUAGGGUUGUGGAUAUCCCAAAGUACCUCAACUUUCAUUUUUCACUACAUUGACAGAACAAUUGA